AUGCUAUCGUCCCUCCACGUCCCAGAGUCAGACAGCAAGGCCAUCAGAUGCAUCCAGAACUUCUCCCUCGACACCUCGUGCACCCAACUCACAACUUUGUCAUUCUCCUGCGCCGACUUGAGUCAGAAGGUCUUCGACUACUUCUGCGAGUUCAACUCCACCACGGAAAACGACUACUACUGCACCAGGUGUGACGCCACCAACUCCACCGGCGAGCUGGUGGUGAGCUUCCUCGGCGGCAACGUGAGUGACUUCAUCAUCAGGGCGUCGAACUACCAGUGCAACUUGUUAAACAAAAGUGACAACGUGUUUUGGACGUGUAACGAAACGUCGAACGAGGCGUGGAUCAGGGCUCACUACGACUGGAGCUUCCUGUUUGUUGUUGUGUUCAUCAUAGCGGGCGGGCUGGGGAACAUCCUCGUGUGCUUGGCUGUGUUGUUGGACAGGCGGUUGCAGAACGUGACGAACUACUUCCUGCUGUCGCUGGCCAUCGCGGAUCUGUUGGUCAGUUUGUUCGUGAUGCCCUUGGGGGCCAUUCCUGGGUUUCUGGAUUCUGACGAUAUACCGAGUGUUAUCGAGGAAACGGCAAGAAAUUCCGUAUGUUCACUGACUGAUGAAAAAUCCAAAGCGGUAAAUGACUUUAUGAAAAAUUUGAGAAAUGGCGUGAAGAGAGGAAAGGAAGAAGAAUUUGAAGACUUCUACGCUAUGGAUAAGUACUCCAUGUUGAGAACUGGGCUGUCUUUAAAAAAAG